AUUAAUCCCUCGGCUCUUCAUUUCGGCUCAGCGAUUUGAAUCAAGCGUGAUGCAACUUCUGACUUCCGAGUGGAUUGUCUGGCACUCCUUUUCUUCGACUCCAAUCACUCCAACAUGACGACCAUCGCUGAGCCUCAAGUGCCAGCGGCAGCAUCACUGAAUCAUCAGCCUGUCCCAGCAGCAAAGCCACAGAAGCAGGCCAUCAACCCAGCCAUCUCGCUUGCAUCUGGUGCUGUUGCUGGCGCUGUUGAAGCUACCAUUACAUAUCCCUUUGAAUUCGCAAAGACACGCACCCAGCUGCAUCGCAACGUCGGCGCCGGCACAGUACUCUCCAAGAACCCGUUUUCCGUCAUCUCUCAGACUGCGCAACAGGAUGGCUUUCGCGCAAUUUACACCGGCUGCUCUACGUUAAUUAUCGGUACCGCAUGCAAAGCCGGCGUUCGCUUCUUGACGUUUGACGCAAUCAAGAAUCAGCUCGUUGACUCAAAUGGCAGGCUUUCACCAGGGCGAGGAAUUCUCGCUGGCAUGAUUGCCGGCGCCAUCGAGAGUGUUGCCGUUGUGACGCCAACAGAACGAAUAAAGACAGCCCUCAUCGACGAUGCAAGAUCAUCUACCAGACGCUACAACGGCGGCAUUCAUGCCCUCCGUACCAUCCUCAGCGAGCGUGGAAUUCGCGGCAUCUAUCGCGGACUAUUGUCGACAAUGAUGAAGCAAUCCGCCACAUCUGCCGUGCGCAUGGGCUCCUACAACAUCCUCAAAGAGACUGUUUCCUCUCGAACUAGCACAAAGAACGCCAAGAACCCAUUCGUGACAUUUGGAUUGGGCGCAGUUGCUGGUAUUAUUACCGUGUAUGCUACGCAGCCAUUUGACACGAUAAAAACGCGCGCCCAGGGUGCCCAAGGCGCCACGACAGUGCAGGCGUUUCGAGGGAUUUUGAAGGACGGAGGAAUCAGGAUGUUUUGGAGUGGCAGCUCUAUGAGACUUGGUCGGCUGAUCCUUAGUGGUGGAAUUGUAUUUACAGUGUAUGAGAAUGUCGCUUCGGUAUUGAUGGGAUUGAAGAGAUAGAGUGAUAUAGAGGAACGUGCAAGAAAAAUGUUUGGUGAAAUUAAGAUAUAAAUGGUACUUCUUUCAAUCA